AUGGAAAUGGAUUUGGAGAAAACACACCAAGACAAUACAAUCACUAAAUUAGAAAUGGAUUUGGAGAAAACACACAAAGACAUUGCGGAGGAGUCCAUGAACAAUACUUAUUAUCAGUAUAGUUCUAUUCUGAAUGUGGCUCGACAGCGUAACAGAAUGGUCCAGUUACAGUACUCAACAAUGACGACAGUGAUAGAAGAACAGGAGGAGGCAAUCACUGAACAUGACCUCGAAAAUGACCUUGAACCUGAUAGCAAUAGUGGAAGGGUUGGUGAUUUGAAUACUAAAGAAAAUGAAGAAAUUGAACAUGGAAUGGACUUGUUUAAGGUUAUUGACACAAAAACUGUGGUGAAGAUCAAUCACAUCGGUAACCAAGAAACAUUGAGUGGAAAUUUGUCGUCAAAUGAAGCAGAAGGUAUAGUGUUGGGAAGGCUGCCGAUAGGGGACAUAGGAGAGGCUUAUUGGGGCCUUUCUAGCAUGUUUGAAAAAGAAGAUGAUGCCAAUGGAAACAUUCUUAAAUGUCUUUGUGCCUGUGAACGUUUAUUACCAGAACAGAACGUAGGUUAUGUACCAGCUGUAGAUGCGGAAAACUGUCAAACAGAUAAAGAACAGAAUAAUGGCACUGUUGGAACAAGGGCAAGCGUGUUAAAUCCCUUGCAUGAACAGGAAAGUGUGACUGUAUUAAAUAAUCAUAGUUGUGAAGUCUCUCAAAUCCAAAUGGGAACUUCAAACAAUAUUGCCCCAAGUCAAUUCCAUGAACAGCCAAAGACUUUCUUGGCAACCCUAAUAGAACACUGUGCGAAAGUUUACAUAACGGACGAUGAAAUGGCUGGUAAAACUUUGAGCACUGUCAAGAAAGAGACCGCUGAUUACUAUCCUGUGGAAGACUUAAAUACUUUAUGUGCUGCUAAAUUAAAUGUUAAAGUAAAACAGAUAGACAAGAAACCUCAUGUAAAGAAAUUGGAAGAGGGUAUUUCUAAGAAAGGGAAUGUUGCUUCUGAAGGCUACCUCCACCACCACCCUUCGAUGUCGGGGCAAGCGUCUGACCCUGCUACAGCGACCAGAGGUGAGGCCAGCAUCUAUAUAGUGUUAGAUCAGUUUGCUAGUGGUCGAGAUAGCAUCAGCGACUAUACUAUUUCCUUCCAUUACGUGACGCCGGAAAAAAUGUACGCCCUGGAGUUCUACAUCUACCAUUUGAGACCAUACGGUCUAAAGUCGGGUAAACAGGAGUUGAACCAGGACUGGGGCAGCUAG